UGCUUGCUGCCAUCUAGUGGAAGAUACCAAUAAAAACGUUAUUAUCAGGGUGGGGAGGCGGCUGAGCUGAAACAGAAAGUAAAGUUGUUAUUCUUUACAGGAUCCAUUUUGAGACGACCGAGCAGAAAACACUAUAUGGAGAGAAGUAAACAAUAAAGUGUCUCGACAAUCAGUCUGCGUGGUGAGGAUGAAAUUCUGUAGAGAGAGGAAGGGGGCACUGCCUCUGGAUAAAGUGUGGAUGGAGGCACAUCACAAGGACUAGUCUCUCCAGUAACCAGUCAUCUGUCCAUGAAGAGUGACUUCUCUAUGGACCAUCCUGUCAAUUUGAGUGAUGGAACAGGAACCUUUGACCCCAGAAUCUCUAACCAAACUCAGAGACCAGUCUCUCCAGUAACCAGUCAUCUGUCCAUGAAGAGUGACUUCUCUAUGGACCAUCCUGUUAAUUUGAGUGAUGGAACAGGAACCUUUGACCCCAGAGGUGUCCAAAGGACUCGAGACCAGUCUCUCCAGUAACCAGUCAUCUGUCCAUGAAGAGUGACUUCUCUAUGGACCAUCCUGUUAAUUUGAGUGAUGGAACAGGAACCUUUGACCCCAGUAACCACAGAACAUUCAUGAGCUGAUUGUCUACUAGAAUGGAUGGCUGACCGACUGCCUGGUUGGUUAUUUUCUGUAGCUGUUUCCUCGCAGAGGGGUUGGGAGGUGCUCCUUUUCAUCCUGAAGUGCAUGUUGAAGUUUUUACAUCGUUAUAAGGAACCAUCAUCUCAAUCUGGAAUCUGUGUAUGUGUAAACUGCAGAGUUAACAUAUUCAGGAUUAACAUGCCGAUGUUGGCAGAGUCAUACACCCUGAAGAAGGCACAGUGAUGCCGAAACGUUGGAGAUUUACCCAAUAAAUUACUGGGAGGGAGUUUAUUUAUGGAGUGUGCAACUCUUUAUUUUUAUAGUUUACAGUUUAUUCAUUGUUAGUCAGCACCUCUACAUAAAAUCAUUUUCUAUGGGUGUACGCCAGCCCAUGUUUUUUAUUCGAGUGUCAUACUCCUAAAAGAAACAAAUGAAAGACAUUGUACUGUAGCAAGCUAACUAUCUGCCUGGAAUCGUUAAAUACGUUCCGUGAACCGUUUUAUCGUUCAGUAAAUUCAUCAAUAUCAAGUGCUCUAGGACACUCGAACAAGAGCGUUCGUAUUUCAGAGCAGAGCAAAAUUUACGAAAGCACCCCUAGUAAACUUGCUAGCUACUGUACUUCAGUGGAUGUUGAACACAUUUCUACCAACAAAUGAACACAAUUGCAGUGUUUUAAAGAUGCACCCAAAACCAGAUUCCUUUAAUUUACAGUGUUAAAUAACACUAGCAUGUGAGAACAAUAUUGUUUUGUUAACAAAUGUUUAAUUUUGCCGUUAUAAUAAGGUUGGUAGCAACAUCAAAUCAUUGUGGAGAUCUGUUGCAGCUCAAGUGUCUGUUGUAGCUUAAGGCUGUCGAAAGGAGAGGACCAAGGUGCAGCGUGGUGAGCGUACAUAUUCUUUUUAAUUAAGAAUGACGCAGACAAAACAAUAAACACUACCAAUGACAAACCGUGAAGCUCAAAGGCUAUGUGCCCUAAACAAAAUCAACUUCCCAUAAACACAGGUAGAAAAAGAGCUACCUAAGUAUGGUUCCCAAUCAGAGACAACGAUAGACAGCUGUCCUUGUUUGAGAACCAUACCCGCCAAAACCUAGAAAAUCAUAGAAACACAACACAUAGAAUAUCCACCCUAACUCGCCCUGACCAAACCAAAAUAGAGACAUAAAAAGGAUGGCUAAGGUCAGGGCGUGACAUCAAGUCUACUACAAAAUCCGCGUGACAGUACCCCUCAAAGGUACCCCCCUCAAAGGUACCCCCUCAAAAUCUAAACCUAUAGGGGAGGGUCUGGGUGGGCAUCUAUCCGCGGCGGCGGCUCAGAUGCGGGACGCAGACCCCGCUCCACCACUGGCUCACCCCACUUUGGUGGCACCUCUGGUGCGGGGACCCUCGUUGCGGGCCCCGGACUGGAGGCCGUCGCUGGAGGCUCCAGACUGGAGGCCGUCGCUGGAGGCUCCAGACUGGAGGCCGUCGCUGGAGGCUCCAGACUGGAGGCCGUCGCUGGAGGCUCCGGACUGGAGGCUGUCGCUGGAGGCCGUCGCUGGAGGCCGGAGAUCUGGUGCGUAGUACUUGCACAGCUCCUCUUGGCUGCAUGCCCACUUUAGCACAACACGUGCGGGGAGCUGGAACAGGCCGCACUGGGUUCUCCUGGCGAACUGGGAAACCGUGCGUAGAGCCGGCGCAGGACUCACUGGGCUGUGGAGGCGCACUGGAGGUCUGGAGCGCCAAGCUGGCACAAGACGUGCAGGGUGGGGAGGCGCACAGGAGGCUUAUUGCGUAGGGCUGGCACAGUCUUCACCAGACGGCUAGCACGCACCUCAGGACGAGUAUGGAGAGCUGACUCAGGAGAGGAGAAAUAUAGGAGAAAUGUGCUAGACCCUCUGUUAACUCUGGGAUAGGGGGACGCUUGUGUCCCACUUGGCCAAAAGCCAGGGAAAAUGCAGAGCGCCAAAUUAAAAUAAAAUGAUAUAAAGUCAAAGUUUCAUUAAAUCACACACGUAAGAUACUCAAUUAAAGCUACACUCGUUGUGAAUCCAGCCAACAUGUCAGAUUUCAAAAAGGCUUUUCGGCGAAAACAUAAGAUGCUAUUAUCUGAUGAUAGCACAACAGUAAACAAAGAGAGAGUAGCAUAUUUCAACCCUGCAGGCGCAACACAAAACGCAGAAAUAAAAUAUAAAUCGUGCCUUACCUUUGACGAGCUUCUUUUGUUGGCACUCCAAUAUGUCCCAUAAACAUCACAAAUGGUCCUUUUGUUCGAUUACUUCCUUCCAUAAAUAUCCAAAAUGUCCAUUUAUUUGGUGCUUUGAUCCAGAAAAAACUGCUUCCAAUUUGCAAAACAUCAUUACAAAAUAUCUCAAAAGUUACCUGUAAACUUUGCCAAAACAUUUCAAACUACUUUUGUAAUACAACUUGAGGUAUUUUUAAACGUUAAUAAUCGAUCAAAUUGAAGACGGGUCUAUAUGUUUUCAAUACAAGAGGACAACAAACUCAAGCAUGCUUUCUAGUCUUGCGCAACUCUCAAACAGUACACAUAACGUUACACUGAUUCAAGAUGGCCGUACUUCUUCAUUGCACGAAGGAAUAACCUCAACCUAUUUCCAAAGACUGGUGACAUCCAGUGGAAGCGGUAGGAACUGCAAACAAGUGCCUUAGAAAUCUAGUUCCCCAAUGAACUCAUUGAAUAGACAGUGACCUCAAAAAAAUAAAUCUGAAUGGGUAGUUCUCGGGUUUUGCCUGCUACAUAAGUUCUGUUAUACUCACAGGCAUGAUUCGAACCGUUUUAGAAACGUCAAAGUGUUUUCUAUCCAAAUCUACUAAUAAUAUGCAUAUCUUACAUUCUUGGCAUGAGUAGCAGGAAGUUAAAAUUGGGCACAUUAUUUAUCCAAAAGUGAAAAUGCAGCCCCCUAUCCCAAAGAUGUUUUAAGUUAAACAUUUCUCAGGGUAAUAGAAUUGCAAAAAUGUGAUCAAUGGCUCAUUCAAAGUGAUCCUCCCGAGUUAUGAACAUCAACCAGUAUUGAAAUCUGACAUGAAUGAUAGAGGUUUUUGCGAUCUAAAAGUCUUCCAGUGUAGUGAGGGCAACUUUGCUACAUUAUACCAGACGGAUUUCUAACUGCUUGAUCGCUAAUAACUCAGAUAAACAUGAAAUGACCUGGGAAUCAAUAGAACAUCCCUAAGAGAUGCACAAAACAAUAUAACAUUCAAAAUGGGUGAAUGUUUCCUUUAAAUUAUAGCCAUGGAAUGAAAUGGAUAACAAACUCAGGGCUCUAUGUAUUCUCUGGAAAAUAAUGCAAAUCCAUGGAAGGUUAGUUCCAUCUAUAUCUGUAGUGACUGAAGGAAUGAGUUAUCCAUCUAUAUCUAUAGUGACAGAAGGAAUGACAUAUCUAUAGUGACUGAAGGAAUGACUUAUCCAUCUAUAGUGACAGAAGGAAUGACUUAUCCAUCUAUAGUGACAGAAGGAAUGACUUAUCCAUCUAUAGUGACAGAAGGAAUGACUUAUCCAUCUAUAUCUAUAGUGACAGAAGGAAUGACAUAUCUAUAGUGACUGAAGGAAUGACUUAUCCAUCUAUAGUGAUAGAAGGAAUGACUUAUCCAUCUAUAUCUAUAGUGACUGAAGGAAUGACUUAUCCAUCUAUAUCUAUAGUGACUGAAGGAAUGACUUAUCCAUCUAUAUCUAUAGUGACUGAAGGAAUGACUUAUCCAUCUAUAUCUAUAGUGACAGAAGGAAUGACUUAUCCAUCUAUAUCUAUAGUGACAGAAGGAAUGACUUAUCCAUCUAUAUCUAUAGUGACAGAAGGAAUGACUUAUCCAUCUAUAUCUAUAGUGACAGAAGGAAUGACUUAUCCAUCUAUAGUGACAGAAGGAAUGACUUAUCCAUCUAUAGUGACAGAAGGAAUGACUUAUCCAUCUAUAUCUAUAGUGACAGAAGGAAUGACUUAUCCAUCUAUAGUGACAGAAGGAAUGACUUAUCCAUCUAUAGUGACAGAAGGAAUGACUUAUCCAUCUAUAGUGACAGAAGGAAUGACUUAUCCAUCUAUAGUGACAGAAGGAAUGACUUAUCCAUCUAUAGUGACAGAAGGAAUGACUUAUCCAUCUAUAGUGACAGAAGGAAUGACUUAUCCAUCUAUAGUGACAGAAGGAAUGACUUAUCCAUCUAUAGUGACAGAAGGAAUGACUUAUCCAUCUAUAGUGACAGAAGGAAUGACUUAUCCAUCUAUAGUGACAGAAGGAAUGACUUAUCCAUCUAUAGUGACAGAAGGAAUGACUUAUCCAUCUAUAGUGACAGAAGGAAUGACUUAUCCAUCUAUAGUGACAGAAGGAAUGACUUAUCCAUCUAUAGUGACAGAAGGAAUGACUUAUCCAUCUAUAGUGACAGAAGGAAUGACUUAUCCAUCUAUAGUGACAGAAGGAAUGACUUAUCCAUCUAUAUCUAUAGUGACUGAAGGAAUGACUUAUCCAUCUAUAUCUAUAGUGACUGAAGGAAUGACUUAUCCAUCUAUAUCUAUAGUGACUGAAGGAAUGACUUAUCCAUCUAUAUCUAUAGUGACAGAAGGAAUGACUUAUCCAUCUAUAUCUAUAGUGACAGAAGGAAUGACUUAUCCAUCUAUAUCUAUAGUGACAGAAGGAAUGACUUAUCCAUCUAUAUCUAUAGUGACAGAAGGAAUGACUUAUCCAUCUAUAUCUGUAGUGACAGAAGGAAUGACUUAUCCAUCUAUAUCUAUGGUGACAGAAGGAAUGACUUAUCCAUCUAUAUCUAUAGUGACAGAAGGAAUGACUUAUCCAUCUAUAUCUAUAGUGACAGAAGGAAUGACUUAUCCAUCUAUAUCUAUAGUGACAGAAGGAAUGACUUAUCCAUCUAUAUCUAUAGUGACAGAAGGAAUGACUUAUCCAUCUAUAUCUAUAGUGACAGAAGGAAUGACUUAUCCAUCUAUAUCUAUAGUGACAGAAGGAAUGACUUAUCCAUCUAUAUCUAUAGUGACAGAAGGAAUGACUUAUCCAUCUAUAUCUAUAGUGACAGAAGGAAUGACUUAUCCAUCUAUAUCUAUAGUGACAGAAGGAAUGACUUAUCCAUCUAUAUCUAUAGUGACAGAAGGAAUGACUUAUCCAUCUAUAUCUAUAGUGACAGAAGGAAUGACUUAUCCAUCUAUAUCUAUAGUGACAGAAGGAAGGAGUUAUCCUACGCACAUACAUACACACAAACAGUAGGUAUCCUACGCACAUACAUACACACAAACAGUAGGUAUCCUACGCACAUACUAACACACAAACAGUAGGUAUCCUACGCACAUACUAACACACAAACAGUAGGUAUCCUACACACAUACUUCCACACAAACAGUAGGUAUCCUACACACAUACUAACACACAAACAGUAGGUAUCCUACUCACAUACUUCCACACAAACAGUAGGUAUCCUACUCACAUACUUCCACACAAACAGUAGGUAUCCUACGCACAUACUUCCACACAAACAGUAGGUAUCCUACGCACAUACUUCCACACAAACAGUAGGUAUCCUACGCACAUACUAACACACAAACAGUAGGUAUCCUACGCACAUACUAACACACAAACAGUAGGUAUCCUACGCACAUACUACCACAGGAACAGUAGGUAUCCUACACACAUACUUCCACACAAACAGUAGGUAUCCUACACACAUACUAACACAGGAACAGUAGGUAUCCUACUCACAUACUUCCACACAAACAGUAGGUAUCCUACUCACAUACUUCCACACAAACAGUAGGUAUCCUACACACAUACUUCCACACAAACAGUAGGUAUCCUACGCACAUACUAACACACAAACAGUAGGUAUCCUACACACAUACUAACACACAAACAGUAGGUAUCCUACGCACAUACUUCCACACAAACAGUAGGUAUCCUACUCACAUACUAACACACAAACAGUAGGUAUCCUACACACAUACUAACACACAAACAGUAGGUAUCCUACGCACAUACUUCCACACAAACAGUAGGUAUCCUACUCACAUACUAACACACAAACAGUAGGUAUCCUACACACAUACUAACACACAAACAGUAGGUAUCCUACACACAUACUAACACACAAACAGUAGGUAUCCUACACACAUACUAACACACAAACAGUAGGUAUCCUACACACAUACUACCACACGAACAGUAGGUAUCCUACACACAUACUAACACACAAACAGUAGGUAUCCUACACACAUACAUACACACAAACAGUAGAUGAGUUUUAUCCUUCUCCAUAGUUCUCACCACUGUGUAUCACUACCCAGCCGACAGGUCCAUUCCCCGAGAUUAGGGAAACCUUGAGAAGUACUCCCUAUGCUAUCAUAGGUUCCUCCGAGUCCGAGCCAGGUCGGUCCAAACACAGUUUAACUGUACUCUUUUUUUUGUCUUCGGCACACACAUACAAGUUCAAAUCCUAAGCUACGCCUUGCUCAGACAGUCUGUGUUUUUCCACUAUACAGAUACAUUGUUUAACCUAAUUCUGACUAAAACUACACACUUCAUCAGAUUAUAAUUUUAUAAUUCUAAUCAAUUUCAUACAGUUUUAAGGUUUCAAAGUGGAAUUAUUUUAUCAUUACCUUUCAAAAUAUACAUUAUCUUAUCACACACACUCAGAGAGCAGAGUAUACUGUUCCCAGCUGUCUGUCUAUGAACAGUGACUUCUCCAUGGAUCAUGCUGUCAAUUCCAGUGGUGUUGGAUCAAUUACCUUUGACCCAAGAUCAGUCACUAGUCAGAAUGUAUGAUAUUAUUAGUGAAGAGAAGAAUCUCCAAGAUGUCAUAUAUUACUUUUAUUUUUUUUUUUGUAAUGUGUAGUUUGUUGUAACAGUUUAUUACAGCAAUACUCUUGUAUCUCUGUAGUAGAUGGUCUACUCUGUUAGAGGAUCAGUAUCUAUCUCCUUUAUCUAUGUAGUGGAUGAUCUACUCUGUUAGAGGAUCAGUAUCUCUCUCCUUUAUCUCUGUAGUGGAUGGUCUACUCUGUUAGAGGAUCAGUAUCUCUCUCCUUUAUCUAUGUAGUGGAUGAUCUACUCUGUUAGAGGAUCAGUAUCUCUCUCUCCUUUAUCUAUGUAGUGUAUGAUCUACUCUGUUAGAGGUUACUACUAGCUGUAAACAAGACAGAGUCAGAUGGACUUUCCAGGUUACUACUAGCUGUAAACAAGACAGAGUCAGAUGGACUUUCCAGGUUACUACUAGCUGUAAACAAGACAGAGUCAGAUGGACUUUCCAGGUUACUACUAGCUGUGGUCAAGACAGAGUCAGAUGGACUUUCCAGGUUACUACUAGCUGUAAAUAAGACAGAGUCAGAUGGACUUUCCAGGUUACUACUAGCUGUGGUCAAGACAGAGUCAGAUGGACUUUCCAGGUUACUACUAGCUGUGGUCAAGACAGAGUCAUGCCAAGUAGACAUCUUCUAUUUCAGACAACUGGAAAACGCACCAGUCACUUCACAAGUGGAGAAACACCAAAAACGACCACGUGUCAUCUGAAGUGAUGGACAUCAUGAAAGGCAAAGUCGCAGGAGAUACUCUGGAACUGAAAUCAUACCUUCCAGGAGAACUGAGAUAUCAAUACAGUCUGUUGUCUGCUGUGGGAGAGGAGAGUUAUCAUUCACUGAAGAAACCAGUGUUGCAACAGUUACACUCAGGUCAUUGUGGUUCACAUUAAGUAAAUUGCACAAAGCUACUUCCUUCCGGUGGCUUGGAUUGGAUGGAAGCUUUUCCUUUCAAUGAUAAUUACAUGUUUUGGUUCCACCUCGACUCACGUUGUUUGAACGUCCUCCACUUUAUUCCAGGCUACACGUCACUAAAUUUGUUUUGACAAGUUACAGACAGUAGCCUACAAUUAGCAAAAUAAAACUCAAAUGAUUGAACAUGAAAUGUACUUCAAUAUGUUUGAAAUAGGCUUAUAGCCACCGUUUAACGCAGUCAUCUCGGUUUUCAUUUAAUACUUUAUACAUCGCUUGUUUGUAUCAAUUGCAAAGACAACUUUGGCAACUUUGCAUUUGUAGUCAGCUUUGUUCUGAAGUUAUCGGUCACUGAGAGACGGAUAAACCAUGUGAUAUUAUGUUUAGCGGAGAACCUCUAUGUUUAUAAAGAACGAGGAAGGCAAAAAGUAUCUAACGACCCACUUAGCUGUUCUACGAGUGGUCUGAGGCAGGAGUACACGGAACCCAAACCGCCUGCCAUCGUGCAUAAAUGUAUUUUGUCCCCCUACACCAAACGCGUUCAAGACACGCAGGUUAAAAUGUCAAAACAAACUCUGAACCAAUUACAUUCAUUUGGGGACAGGUCGAGAAGCAUUAAACAUUUAUGGCAAUUUAGCUAGCUAGCUUGCACUUGCUAGCUAAUUUGUCCUAUUUAGCUAGCUUGCUGUUGCUAGCUAAUUUGUCCUAUUUAGCUAGCUUGCUGUUGGUAGCUAAUUUGUCCUGGGAUAUAAACAUUGAGUUGUUAUUUUUCCUGAAAUGCACAAGGUCCUCUACUCUGACAAUUAAUCCACACAUAAAACGGUCAACCGAAUCGUUUCUAGUCAUCUCUCCUGCUUCCAGGCUUUUUCUUCUCUGGACUUUAUGUUGCGAUUGGCAGCUUUCAUAAAUUAGAUGCAUUACAGCCACCAACCUCGUUCGUCUUUCAGUCACCCACGUGGGUAUAACCAAUGAGGAGAUGGCACGUGGGUACCUAGUUAUACAAACCAAUGAGGAGACGGGAGAGGCUGGACUUGCAGCGCGUUCUGUGUCAGAAAUAGAACUGACUUCUAUUUUAGCCCUUGGCAACGCAGACGCUCGUGGGCGCGCGCCAGCAGUGUGGGUGCAAUAAUUGAAUAACAGAUUUCUACAUUUAUUUUGUAACGCGAGCGGUGUAGUCAGGGUAUUAGUUUAAGAGCGUUUUCAAGUGCAAAGUCAAUAACAAUGGUUUUGGGAAACAGCUCUGUUACGAAUUUCCCACGGUUGAAUUCAUAACAGAAUGACAAAUUCUGGGGGCGGAGUCAGUGAGUCAAACUAGUAAAAUGCUCCUACGAAGGAUCUAACAAUUAACUUAGCCAUACGAUGCUUUUGGGAAACCAGGCUCCUGUCUCAUCAUUAUUGAAUUGUUAUACAGACGUGGUUAUGAAACCCACCAGACAUAACAACAGAUUGGUAAUGAGUAAGUCUGAAUCUACAGGAACUAUUCUGUCUGGAAGAAGUCUGUUGUUACUACUGUUUAAGCUGUUAUUUUCUGUGGUUCAGUCCAGGAUAAUGUUAGCUCAGUGUACUACUAGCAGAGGCCAGGGCAUAGUGGAGCUAUCUAAGAGAGUUAACAUCGUCAUGGACGGCAGAAAAGGACUCGAGAUGGAUGUCAGAAGGAGAAAACAGCUUAAUUUACAAAGGAAGGAAUAUUAUUGGACAUUUUGAUGAAAGUAUUGAGCAGUGGAGCUCAUAUACAGAACGGUUUGAAUAUUUAGUUCUUGUAAAUGACAUUGAUCAGGACAACAUUGUGCCUCCAUGGUUUAGUAUAACGGGGCCAAAGACACAUCAUUUACUAGACAGCCUGCUACAGUCAGACAGAUCAGGUAAUAAGACGAUGGGGAUGUUGUGGAGAUACUUAAAGGACAUUUUUCACAGGAACCACUAGUUAAUACUGAAAGGACAUGUUUCACAGGAACCACUAGUUAAUACUGAAAGGACAUUUUUCACAGGAACCACUAGUUAAUACUGAAAGGACAUUUUUCACAGGAACCACUAGUUAAUACUGAAAGGACAUGUUUCACAGGAACCACUAGUUAAUACUGAAAGGACAUUUUCACAGGAACCACUAGUUAAUACUGAAAGGACAUGUUUCACAGGAACCACUAGUUAAUGCUGAAAGGACAUGUUUCACAGGAACCACUAGUUAAUACUGAAAGGACAUUUUUCACAGGAACCACUAGUUAAUACUGAAAGGACAUUUUUCACAGGAACCACUAGUUAAUACUGAAAGGACAUUUUUCACAGGAACCACUAGUUAAUACUGAAAGGACAUUUUUCACAGGAACCACUAGUUAAUACUGAAAGGACAUUUUUCACAGGAACCACUAGUUAAUACUGAAAGGACAUUUUUCACAGGAACCACUAGUUAAUGCUGAAAGGACAUUUUUCACAGGAACCACUAGUUAAUGCUGAAAGGACAUUUUUCACAGGAACCACUAGUUAAUACUGAAAGGACAUUUUUCACAGGAACCACUAGUUAAUACUGAAAGGACAUGUUUCACAGGAACCACUAGUUAAUACUGAAAGGACAUUUUUCACAGGAACCACUAGUUAAUACUGAAAGGACAUUUUUCACAGGAACCACUAGUUAAUACUGAAAGGACAUGUUUCACAGGAACCACUAGUUAAUACUGAAAGGACAUUUUUCACAGGAACCACUAGUUAAUACUGAAAGGACAUUUUCACAGGAACCACUAGUUAAUGCUGAAAGGACAUUUUUCACAGGAACCACUAGUUAAUACUGAAAGGACAUUUUUCACAGGAACCACUAGUUAAUACUGAAAGGACAUUUUUCACAGGAACCACUAGUUAAUACUGAAAGGACAUGUUUCACAGGAACCACUAGUUAAUACUGAAAGGACAUUUUUCACAGGAACCACUAGUUAAUACUGAAAGGACAUUUUUCACAGGAACCACUAGUUAAUGCUGAAAGGACAUUUUUCACAGGAACCACUAGUUAAUGCUGAAAGGACAUUUUUCACAGGAACCACUAGUUAAUACUGAAAGGACAUUUUUCACAGGAACCACUAGUUAAUACUGAAAGGACAUUUUUCACAGGAACCACUAGUUAAUACUGAAAGGACAUUUUUCACAGGAACCACUAGUUAAUACUGAAAGGACAUUUUUCACAGGAACCACUAGUUAAUACUGAAAGGACAUUUUUCACAGGAACCACUAGUUAAUACUGAAAGGACAUGUUUCACAGGAACCACUAGUUAAUACUGAAAGGACAUGUUUCACAGGAACCACUAGUUAAUACUGAAAGGACAUUUUUCACAGGAACCACUAGUUAAUGCUGAAAGGACAUUUUUCACAGGAACCACUAGUUAAUACUGAAAGGACAUUUUUCACAGGAACCACUAGUUAAUACUGAAAGGACAUGUUUCACAGGAACCACUAGUUAAUACUGAAAGGACAUUUUUCACAGGAACCACUAGUUAAUGCUGAAAGGACAUGUUUCACAGGAACCACUAGUUAAUACUGAAAGGACAUUUUUCACAGGAACCACUAGUUAAUACUGAAAGGACAUUUUUCACAGGAACCACUAGUUAAUGCUGAAAGGUUCAGGUUCCACAGGAGACAUCAGGACGAGGGAGAAUCAGGACCAAUGUUUGCUGCUGCAUUAAAGAACCUAUCAGAACACUGAGUUGAAUGGUGUUCUAAAUGACAUCAUCAGAGACAGACUAGUAUGUGGCUACGGAGUGAAGACACACAAGAGACUGUUGACUGAAAGUCAUCUGACCUUGACAAAGGACAUUGAAAUCAGUGUGUCCAGGAGGGGUUGGGGGUUGGAUUGGGGGAUGGUCCCAGGAGGGGUUGGAGGGUGUGUUGAUGCAGCUCACAUGAGUGAUUGCACAUGUGGUUAAUUAUAAUUGUAUUUAGCUGCAAUAAGUGCGUUCCAUAAUAUACUGAUAUAUAUUUUAACAGUAUUGUGUCUCCGGCUGUAUAACUGUUCCUGCUGCUAUUUGUUCUGAUAUAUAUUUAACAGUAUUGUGUCUCCAGCUGUAUAACUGUUGCUGCUGCUAUUUGUUCUGAUAUAUAUAUUAACAGUAUUGUGUCUCUAGCUGUAUAACUGUUCCUGCUGCUAUUUCUUCUGAUAUAUAUUUAACAGUAUUGUGUCUCUAGCUGUAUAACCAUUCCUGCUGCUAUUUGUUCUGAUAUAUAUAUUAACAGUAUUGUGUCUCUAGCUGUAUAACUGUUCCUGCUGCUAUUUGUUCUGAUAUAUAUAUUAACAGUAUUGUGUCUCUAGCUGUAUAACUGUUCCUGCUGCUAUUUCUUCUGAUAUAUAUAUUAACAGUAUUGUGUCUCUAGCUGUAUAACUGUUCCUGCUGCUAUUUCUUCUGAUAUAUAUAUUAACAGUAUUGUGUCUCUAGCUGUAUAACUGUUCCUGCUGCUAUUUCUUCUGAUAUAUAUUUAACAGUAUUGUGUCUCUAGCUGUAUAACCAUUCCUGCUGCUAUUUGUUCUGAUAUAUAUAUUAACAGUAUUGUGUCUCUAGCUGUAUAAUUGUUCCUGCUGCUAUUUCUUCUGAUAUAUAUAUUAACAGUAUUGUGUCUCUAGCUGUAUAAUUGUUCCUGCUGCUAUUUCUUCUGAUAUAUAUAUUAACAGUAUUGUGUCUCUAGCUGUAUAACUGUUCCUGCUGCUAUUUCUUCUGAUAUAUAUAUUAACAGUAUUGUGUCUCUAGCUGUAUAACUGUUCCUGCUGCUAUUUCUUCUGAUAUAUAUAUUAACAGUAUUGUGUCUCUAGCUGUAUAACUGUUCCUGCUGCUAUUUCUUCUGAUAUAUAUAUUAACAGUAUUGUGUCUCUAGCUGUAUAACUGUUCCUGCUGCUAUUUGUUCUGAUAUAUAUAUUAACAGUAUUGUGUCUCUAGCUGUAUAACUGUUCCUGCUGCUAUUUCUUCUGAUAUAUAUAUUAACAGUAUUGUGUCUCUAGCUGUAUAACUGUUCCUGCUGCUAUUUGUUCUGAUAUAUAUAUUAACAGUAUUGUGUCUCUAGCUGUAUAACUCUUCCUGCUGCUAUUUUUUCUGAUAUACACUUCCGUUCAAAAGUUUGGGGUUACUUAGAAAUGUCCUUGUUUUUGAAAGAAAAGCUAUUUUUGACCAUUAAAAUGAACAUCAAAUCGA